AUGAAUGUUCCCGGCAGUCCAUCGCCCUUCAUGGGUUCCGGGAGCAUGGCGUACUCCCUGGCCCCGUCCGCCUCGCCGCACAGCGUGCUCAGCCUGCCCCACCGGCCCAUGGGCAGCUACCCCACCUGGUCAGAGUCGGAGUGGGGCCCGUCGCGGGACCCCUCCCAGGCACAGGCGCAGCACAGCAUCUCCUCGCGCCUCUCACAUGAGGAGGACCCAAAGGAGGAGGGGCAGCAGCAGCCCUGCGUCUUCUUCCUCCGCACUGGGACCUGUGCCUACGGCGCGCGGUGA